UCUUGGCCCCCGCCCGGGAUAACAAUGGAAAAGGUGAAUAAUCAGGAAACUGGGCAAUCGCGCAGAGACACAGAUCCAUUGGCACAGAGUUCUUCGUCGACCCAACAGCAGGCUUCUCCCAUCGAGUCCAAGCAGUCGAUCACUAUUUUACUGGAAGAACGGGAAAAUCACGAAUUGCCGCGCAAAACCCAGUCGGACAGCAGCCUCGAGCACAGUCAGACCUCCCUGUUGAAUCUGGCGAAACGCAUGCGGCGCACCAGCUCCGAACAAUUAUCGAGAAGUCGACUGGAUCAAGUAAAUGCUCCGGACCCUGAUCUAUCGCUGCCGGCAACGUGCUCGACAGCAGGUUGCGUUCUGGCGGCAAGAUGCAACAGCAGUGCCUGCACGAUUGGAAGCGCAGAGCUGACAGUAACUGACUCACAGUCCUCGGGAUAUACCACGGAAAGCAGCUACCAGACGGCCACGGCCGGCAGCAACUAUAGCCUGAGCAGCACGUCCUACGUGAGCCAGCAGCGGCCCUAUCCGGGCAACUAUCUGCACGAAAUCCAUGUGGCCGUGGAGGCGAACGCAACGGAUGCACACGUCCAGGCCAUACGCGACGACCUGCGCAACCUGCUCUGCAACGAGGUGGCGCUCAUUCACGAGGCAUCCGGCGGGAACAGGCGAGCGAUAUAUCUAAUUGCCUAUCAGUACAUGUAGAGAGUGCGAUUGUUUUUCAAAAUACAAAUUUCUAAAUUUCUAGUCUCGCUUAA